AUGCUGGAUUUCCUUUCUGAAAUAGAAAACUUCCUCCUGCUUGCUCGUAAUAGCCAUUCAUAUACUGCAAAAGUGAUUCAACAGUACUUUGAGAUACCCAAUGGCAUGAGUGGAGCUGAGUUCUACGGGAAGAUUGUGGAUAACUUUAAAAAGCUCAGGGGCUCUGAUAAUAUCUUUGACCAUUCUGCUAAAAACUUGCUCAAAAAGGCAGAAAGUUUGAAGAGUCAGCAUGAAGAAAUGCUUCGUAAUUGGCAAGCCGAAAUCUCUAAACUUAGUAAGAAGGAGAAACGCGCGAAAUUAUGGAAGAACGUCGUGAAUAUGAUAUUUGUAGGCGCUGUGGUUGGUUUGGUUAUUGCCCAAAUUGUGACUGCAGUUAUAGCUGCUCCAGCUGUUGCAGAAGCUAUUAGUUCUGCCAUUGUCCCCAUAGCAAUGGCUGGACACUGGACUGUCUCUUUGUUUGAAGAGUCUGAAAGAGCAUUUAAGAAUCUGCAGGAAUUAAAUGAGGAGAGGUGUAAGGAAACUAGAAUUGCCAUUAAAGAGUUGGGCGACAUUAAGUUUUCGAUUAAUGGUGUUAUUAACCAGAUUAAUUCAGUCAUGUACAAUCCAGGCUCUGAAAUGGAUCGGGAACAAUUAGAUUUCACAAUGAAGGAAAUCAAGAGCAAGCUGGGAGCGUUUCUGAAUAAGGUUGAGGAUUUGGAGAAGGACGUAGAAAAGACCAUAAAGUAUAUAAGGAAGGCAAGGGAUGAUGUUCAUAUCAUGAACACCCAGGUCACGCAGGUCAAAAAAGGAGCAUUUUGCUUUGAAAGCUUAGCUCGAUCUGACAUUUGA